AUGGACCCAUCCACCCUCAGUCAGCCAGAAGAUGACCAAUCAGGGUCAGGGGCACGGAAUUCACCUCCAGCCCACAGGCGCGGCAUCUACAUACUCAUCGGAAAGGUCUCCUUGUUGGCCUUGGCCAACGAUGUUGUCGCAGCUGCACAGCACGAGCAGCAGCACCCGGAGGACAAAGGUGCCGUGAUGUUGUUCAGGCCUGUUGGGAAGUACGCAUUGCAGUACGUAAGACCCCGGCCGCCCAGCUCCCAGCCGGGCCAAUUCAACCCACUCCCAACAUCCCUAAUGAGCCUCCCCUCACGGAGGGACCCGCACAGCCCUCAGCGUCCCUUCUGGGUCGACUUCUACGUCCACAGCACACCCCAGCCCGCAGGCGACCACCAGGCCAAAUCCAGCCCCGAGCUCAACUCACAAGCCUCAGGACCCUCGACUCCAUGCUGGCCAACGCUGUACCUGCUGGCCACGACGCUCGGGCGGGCACGCCUCCCCGCCGGGGCGCAGGACGCCACCACGCUGCUGGGCAGGCCCCGGGGGGGGUGGGAUGACCACAGGCGGAAGAACUUCGGGGAGCUGCUGCUGCACCUCGCGGGGCACCUCCGCCUCGCGCGUGCCGACGAUGCGGUCGCCGCGGAGAUGGAGGUUGCGCUCGGGGCGGGCGCCGUGGGGGGUGAUCUGGUCGCGGUGGAGCCCGGGUUCAUGGCGGUGGUGCGGAUAUUCUUGCGGGAGAGGGUCGCGCAGGCAGAGGUGGACGGGUGGCGCUCGUGGUUGCAGGGUGCGUGGGCACGGAUUGGGCCGAUCCCGAACGCGAGGGCUGAUGUGCGUGCGUGGAGGAUGGGUGUUGGUUGUGGUGACGGAGGUCACCUUACCUACCUAAUAUGUCAGGGUAUGAAUGUCUUGCUAUAUGACGGGACCGUGUAG